AUCACCACCAGGUGAAUGUUUGCUCCACAGUGCCAGCAGCCUGUGGACAGAGGUUUCUGGUUCGGUGUCAGGACUCUGUUAAACAGUCUCCACAUGUCAGAUUAUACAACCCGGUUCAGACAAAGUGAGCAGAAAGAGAGUAAAGUCCAGCUGGGAGCUCCUCACGUGGGUUUGGAUUUUCCUCUGUGCUCGUGAGAGACGCCCUUCAAACUCCACGAUUGUCGACCAUGUCUCAGACCGUCCCUCCAGUUCUGUCCGUUCACCCCUCUCGGUCUCUGGUCGAUGAGAAGUUGAAGGUGUUGGUGGAGAAUCUUCCUCCGGGGUCUCCGGUGACACUUCACUCCCUCCACCGCUCUGAGGAUGAGCACUACUGGGAGGCCUACGGACACUACGUCAGCGAUCACAGGGGAAUAGUGUCUGUUGCAGAGGAUUUGAGCGUCGGGGGAACGUACACGGGAAUAGAAAGCAUGGGUUUGUUGUGGAGUAUGCGCCCUGUCCCAGGCAGCCGCAAAGGCCUCAGGUUGAGAAAGAUGAACGUCCGCAGCCCCAUGCUGUUCAACAUCUCGGUCUAUAACGGACUUAUAACCGAGGGCUUCAGAGAGCAGACUCCUUUGGCCUCGGCGCUCAUAGAGAGAUGGUACAUGGCUCCAGGCGUCCAAAGAAUCGAUAUCAGAGAGAAAGGAGUGCGAGGGACCCUCUUUAUACCUCCAGGUCCAGGACCCUUCCCUGGACUGUUGGAUAUGUGGGGAGGCGGUGGAGGGCUGUUGGAGUAUCGUUCGUCUUUGCUGGCAUCCCGGGGUUUCGCUUCUUUUGCGCUGGAGUAUUUCAACUCUGGUGAGCUGGAGUCAGCAGAAUUAGAGUUCAGCUACUUUGAGAAUGCAUUCAGUAUUGUCAAAGACCAUCCUCAGGUGAUCCCGGACAAAAUCGGAAUCUUUGGUCUUUCCCUCGGCUCCAUUAUGACCGUCUAUUUGGCAGCUGAGAGCACCAUUGUCAAGCCUCUUUGUUGCGUUUGUGUCAGUGCCAGCCACUUUUACCCGCCCGGGAAGAACCUCCACGGAGUCUUUGAAGUGAUGACCAUGAACUCGCACAUGAUACGUGUGGACGAGAACGGGCAUCAUGCAUGGCGAGACAUGGGUCUGGAAAUCAUCAAGGAGCCCUCAAAUAGAAUUAAUGUGGAGAAAAUAAAUUGUCCGAUGUUGUUGGUGAACGGGCUCGAUGAUCAGAACUGGCCUUCAGUGGAGUGUGCUGAUGAGAUCGCCCAGAUUAUGAGUGCAGCAGGCAAAGGUGACCUGGUGACUAGACUGCACUACCCCGACACGGGACAUCUGAUCGAGCCGCCGUUCUCGCCUCACUUCAGGGCGACUAAGUUUAAAACAGCUACCGGAAAACAGAAAGUGAUCAUGCUGUGGGGAGGACAAACCAAACCUCAUUCAGACGCUCAGGAGGACUCCUGGAGGAAGAUCUUAUCGUUCCUACAGCACCAUCUGUACUCGAGAGAGACUCCCAAAGCCAGGAUGUGAACGACCACACCGAUAAAAGAACAAAAUGUUUACUACCUUACUCCGACCACGUGACGUUGGGUCUACACUAUAUUGACCAGGUGGCUUUGUUGUCCACAAAAUAUGUUUUGAAUGAUCAGAUUAGGUUGUUCGUUUUAGAGGAAUUCUUAAUAUUUGUGUCAAUCAUUAAGAUAAAAUUA